AAAUACAUGACGAACCACGCGAUUGGCCGCGUGAGUAGACAUUAACACAAUCUCCCGGGGAAGAACCUGCGACAACCGUCAAGGUUAUGUUGCUGACGCAUACAAAAGUUCAAGCUAGUUGAUUAUGAACGUUUGGUGAGUAAUGAUCUCUCAGCAGCGCACAUUAGUUGUGACCGGAGUACCAGAGAAAUAGCGUAGUUCUAUUUCGUCGUCCAACGAUUCGUCACUUCCUCGGUCACGAGGACUGACGUACAGAGUGUGUGACAGAUGAAAUUGCAAUCGUAAACAAGUCGCGAAACGACGAAAAGUAUAUUUUUGCAUAAACAAAAAACUCGACGCAAUGCCAGACGCAUACGAGAACUUUAACAUGGCGAUGCUGAUGGGCAACAUCACCGAUAACGAGACAGAGCCAUAUUUUCCGUUCAAUGAUUUGGCACCAGUAUCUAAUAGUACAAGUGUAUUAAGUCCAUAUAGUAGUUCUGGAUCUCAAGGAAACAUGAGUGCAUCCCCUAUGUCUACUUCUUCAUCUCCUCAACAUUUAAUGGAUUAUAUUACUCUUAAUGAUGAUACAUGUAGAUAUGAAGCAAUUGGUGAAGCAUAUAUUAGUAUUGUGGUGCAACCAGUGGAGAGAUUCAGAUUUCGAUACAGAUCUGAAAUGAUGGGAACACACGGAGCUCUGCUGGGUGUAUCAAAUGGAAAUCCACGAAAAAAACCUGCACCUGCAGUCAAAUUAAAUAAUUUUCCGGACAAAGCAAUAAUACGAUGCACAUUAGUUACAUCCGAUGAUGGAGCUAGAACACCACAUGCUCAUAGAUUAGUGAGACGAGAUGGUACGACAGAUCAAGAUGAACCACAUAAUAUAGAAGUUUCGUCGCAAAACAAUUUUACAGCCACAUUUGCUGGUAUGGGUAUAAUACAUACUGCGAGAAAGCACAUCAAAGAUGAGUUGGUGCGAAAAAUGCGCAACGAACUUUUAGAGGAGCGAAAACGUACUAACAUAAAUGUUACUAUUGGUAUUCGCGAAGAUGCACAGAUUAAAGCUAAUGCAGAAACUUAUCAAAGGUCUAUGAAUUUGAAUAGUGUCGCUCUAUGUUUUCAAGGAUUUAUUGCAGAUCAACAUGAUGUUAUGAGGCCUAUCACAGCACCAGUUUAUAGCAAUCCAAUCAAUAAUUUGAAAAGUGCAUUAACUGGAGAACUUAAAAUAUGCAGAAUUGACAAAUAUACAAGCAGCUGCGAAGGUGGCGAAGAAGUGUUUAUAUUUGUAGAAAAGGUCGGCAAAAAAAAUAUAAAAAUAAAGUUUUUUGAACUAAAUGAGGACGAUAUCGAGAUUUGGUUCGAUUAUGGCCGUUUUUCUGAACUGGAUGUUCAUCAUCAGUAUGCUAUUGUAUUUCGGACCCCACCAUAUAAAGAUCAAAGCAUUACUUCUCCACGAGAAGUUUUCAUACAAUUAGAGCGCCCUACAGAUUCAGAUUGUUCAGAGCCAAUCAAAUUCACAUAUAAACCCAGUGAUCGAAUGAUAGGUAGGAAAAGAACGCGAAUUUCUCAUUCCAGUAGUGCCGAGUUGACUCAAAUGACAUUCAAUCAAAAUGUGAAUCCACCAUUGGAUCUACCAUUGAAUGUACAUAUGGCCAAUGAAAGCAGUGAAAUGUCGAAUGAAAUAAAGAAGAUGUUGGAGGAUAAAUGUCCUUCUACUGAAUUCCGCGAUUUUUUUGCGGAUUUAGAUUUUGAAAGGUACGCGAGUUUGUUGUCCAGUAGCGAAGAAAAUAAAUUAACUUACGACGGACCAUCGAGAAAGCUGGAAAGUGACAAAGCGUUUGCCAGAAAUGUUGUUAUUGACGCUUUAAAACGAAUCAAAGCAGAGGCAGAUAAAGGGAAGCAAAAAGAUAUUAUUAAAAACUCUCUCAAAGACAGGUCAACUUAUGGAGACUCCCCGCUUCAUUCUGCGCUCCGCUAUGGGCAAAAGAACAUCGCUAAAUAUAUCUUUAUGCUUAUGACCACUCUUUCAGAUUAUAAAGAUUUAGUGAACACUCAAAACAGUUCUGGAAAGACACCGUUGCAUUAUGCCGUUACACAAAAUCAAUCAGAUAUCACCAAAGUAUUACUUUUGCUGGGUGCAGAUCCAAAUCUUUCCGACCAUUGUGGACAAAUGCCAUUGCACAAUGCUGUGAGGUUUCAAGAAACAAAAGAAUGCGUUGACAUUUUAUUGAGUGCAAAAGAUGUCAACUUAGAAGCUUACACGGAUUUAGGUUGGACACCUUUACAUUUGGCUGCCGAAGCAGGAUCCUAUCAUGCAGUAGAAUCUCUUAUUAAAACAGGCGCAAACAUAAAUAAUGUCGACAUGUCGUACGGGAGAACUGUUUUGCAUAUAGCGGUUGAAGGAGGACAUAGAGACAUAGUUGAAUUCCUGUUAAAAAAUACCAAGAUAAAUGUAAACAAGAAGAACUUAGGAGGAAAUACGGCGUUACAUAAUGCAGUCGUUACACCAGGAGCAAAAGCCAAAGAGAUAUGUGCUCUUCUGAUAAAACACGGUGCCAAUCCACACAUAAAGAAUCAUAAUCACGAAUCAGACCAAGAAGAAAUGGUAAUUACUCCAAUUAUAAAAUGCGAAGUGGAUUCGGAAGAUGAGAAUAUGGAAGAAUUCUCCGGGCAAUCGUCCUUUGAUUUAGCAUCAAACAAUCCAGAUAUUUUAAACCUAGUAUCUGGUAAGCAUAAUGCACUGAUGGAUGACACAAUUGAUAUAAUUAAGAAGGAGGAAGAUAUCGACGAUGUGCAAAAAAUUUGGCUGGAUGGAGAACAAGAAAAACAAUUGUCACUUAUUCUGGAUAGCACAGAAGGAUGGAAAAAAUUAGUUGAUUAUUUCAAUUAUAAAUAUUUAAUGAAGACUUUCCAACAAAGUUCUUCCAGUCCAGCAUUACUUCUCUUGAAUUAUAUCGCUAUACAAAGCGAUAUAUCUCUUGAACAACUGCGAGGCAUACUACAAAAUGUAGGGGAAGAAGAUGCUACCGCGUAUAUGAGUCAAAUUUUAUCCUAAACAUUCAUGAAACGUGUUUUCAUUGUGAAUAUGAAUCGUUACAUUAUACGCAUGACUAAGUUACACGGCAGUCUAAAACCGGUUUAAUAACUUCCGAUGUUGUAACUACGAUUGUUAAAUAUCGUAUAAACACUGCUUUACAUUACACCGAUGUUACAACACCACUUAUAACUCUACAUCUAUUGGAAAAGAGGUUUAGCACUUAACUAUUGGUCAAAUUUAACUUAACUGAAUAUUGAUAAACCGGCCCUUAGAGUUAUAAGUCAGGGUUUAAAGAAACGUGUAAAUGGUAAAAAUAUUGAUACUCCUGCAUUGCCAAUUUAACUAUUCGAUCUAUUCGUUUUCGAAGAAAUUCUGAAUUAGUGCAGUGAAAAUGAAUUGACCUUAUAUUCUCAAAUUUAUUGGUAAUACUAGACUAUUGAUAAUAUAGGUUAUAUUACACAAUACUCUCAAGUUAUAACAUCCAUAAGUAUAGCGAAGAUUAGUUAAAACAGUUCUGUGUAAACGAAUGUAGAUUUACAGAAGUUAUAACAUCGGAGGUUACUAAACCAGUUUUAGGCUGCCAUGUAAACUUAGUCCAUGUCGAUACAAUUGUAAACAAUUAUAAAUAUUUGAUCCUAUUUUUUAUAUUAUACGAGUGUGUGUUAUUUAGGGUAUAUUAUAUAAGUGUAUAUCUGAAAUAUAUGCAUAUUAUAUCAUUUAGUUUCCGAAAGUAAGUUAACGAACGAAUAAAAUUAAUGAUACAAAUAUUAAA